AUGGCAGCGCCCUUCAGAUACCUGCUGCUCUUCACGGGCUUCUCAGCUUGUGCUCAAUUCGACUCAGGUGCCCUGGCUGCCUUUGAGGACUAUCUCCGGAAGGGCCUUGGUUUCAGCACCCAGGAUAUUGGCUACAUCAAUGCAAUGGAGUACAUCAUGCUUCCUUUGGCCUCACCGCUGAUUCCCUGCCUGUUCCAGUUCCUCAAGGUAAAAAUCGUCUUGCUCAUAUGCUUGGUCGGCAACAUGCUUGGUGUUUGCGGUCUUGCGGUGGGCCCAUGGAUGCAAGAGUCCGGCGAUUCUGCCUUCAACUUGUUCGUGGUUUCCCGGGCCAUCUCGGGGAUGUGCCAUGCUGGGAUUGCCGUGUACGGCAGCGUCUGGGUGGAUCUGCACGCUCCAAAGGAGCAGGCAGCUUCCUGGCUGGGUGCCAUGCAGGCGAGCUCCCUCGUGGGCCUGGUCAUCGGAUAUACGGUCGCAGGCUAUUCCAGAGAUUGGGUCACCUGCUUCUGCCUAAAUCUCGUGUGGUUCGCAGCAACGUUUGUCUGCCUCGUCUGCACGGCACCGGAACACAUCGGCAACACUACUUCAGCUGGUGGCCGUCACCGAACAGAUUCACGUGUGCGACUUUCCUUCGUUUCAGUUCCAUCUGGGAGCUUUGUGAGUCAAGCGGAUUGGGCCAAUGAUGCAGAGGCUCGAGAGGUUCAGCAGACUGAAGAUCCAACAGCCAAUCUGGUUCCUGGACGAUCCGCAUCAUCGGCGGCUACAACAGUCGAAAACCUUCCCGUGUACGGGCUCAUGACCCUUUGCGUGUCCUCCCUUUUCUUUGUUUCGGGAGGCCUACAGUUUUGGGCGACGCCCUACAUGGAACAAAUCAGGCUGCAAGAGGUCGCGCCAACAGAAACAUGCGCCAGUGAAGUGCAGAAGAGUGCGCACAAUCUGGUGGUGACACUGGUGGCAGUAAUCACAUUGACUGCUCCUACGUUUGGCGUCUUUCUCGGAGGCAGCGCUGUGGACAGCAUUGGUGGCUACAGGGGUAAUGCCGGACGAACCAACCUGAAGAUGCUUGCAGCAGGCGGGUGCUUCUGA